CGCACUUCACUCCACUCGACUGCGCAUCUCAGGCGUCGCUGUCAGGAAUACCCAGAGGAGAGGGAGACGCGCUGAUAGAUUUUUUUUGGGGGGGAAACUGCAUCAAGUGAACACUGUUAAACGAAGAGGCAAAAGAAAAGGUGGACACACGACUGUCCGGGACGCAAGUGGUUAAAAGCUUGCUGCGUAAAGCUGCGGUUGUAGUUAGAGCGACUUGUUUGGGAGUUUGGUGUGAUUUCUCCACACUUUACUCUUUACAGACGGUUUAUUAACGCAGUUUGGAGUAGUUCGUCAAGCUGGCCACUGCUCAUUUUACUGCAGGGCUUUUGUAGCCCUGGAGACCCUCUUGUACUUUGGACCUGGUUGUGUGUAAAGACUCACGUAGACGUAUAGCAGAACCGUUGCAGGAGGUGCAUGUGAUGCUGAAGCGUGCAAAGACUGAGUGAAAUUGUUCAUCUCGCUUUAUUGUCUGUGUUGUAAGAUCGCCCCCCCAAGACUGAAGACUGACAGCCUGCGCCUCUCUUUGUUGUCACCAUCGUGCAAGGACUAUGUUGAUGAAGGAGUACCGCAUCUGCAUGCCCCUCACAGUGGAGGAGUACCAGAUUGGACAGCUGUACAUGAUCAGCAAACACAGCCAUGAACAGAGCGAACGCGGGGAGGGGGUGGAGGUGGUCCAGAACGAGCCGUAUGAUGACCCUGAGCACGGAUCAGGACAGUUCACUGAGAAAAGAAUCUACCUCAACAACAAACUUCCAAGCUGGGCCAGAGCGGUGGUCCCGAAAAUAUUCUACGUCACAGAGAAGGCUUGGAACUAUUACCCGUACACAAUCACAGAGUACACGUGCUCCUUCCUGCCCAAGUUUUCCAUCCACAUUGAGACCAAAUACGAGGAUAACAAAGGCAGCAAUGACAGUAUCUUCAACAACGAGCUCAGAGAGGAAGAGACAGAGGUGUGUCUGGUGGACAUCGUCUACGACGAGAUCCCUGAGCGCCACUACAAGGAGUCCGAGGACCUGCGUUAUUUUAAGUCGAAGAAGACGAGCCGAGGCCUCCUGCAGGAAGGAUGGAUCAACAGCCAGGACCCCAUCAUGUGCUCCUACAAACUGGUCACCGUGAAGUUUGAAGUCUGGGGGCUGCAAACACGAGUAGAGCAGUUUGUGCACAAGGUGAUUCGAGAUGUUCUACUUUUAGGACACAGACAGGCCUUUGCCUGGGUGGAUGAGUGGAUUGACAUGACCAUGGAGGAGGUCCGGGAGUUCGAGCGGGCCACGCAAGAAGCCACCAACCUGAAGAUCGGCACGUUCCCCCCGACCAUCUCCAUCUCAGAGACCCCGCUGCCGUCCUGCGCCCGCAGCGGCCCCAACAGCGCCCCGUCCACCCCGCUCUCCACAGAAGCCCCCGAGUUCCUGUCGGUGCCAAAGGAGCGUCCCAGGAAGAAGUCCGCCCCCGAGACCCUGACCCUGCCCGACCCGGGCCGCAGAGAUUCGCUCUUCAAACUGCCGAGCUUUUUCUCUGGAACUCCAGUCCGCAGCCUGAAUGAGAGCGAAGAAGGUCAGACGCCUGUGAACCCCCCCGUCCAAUCAGUAGAGGAUGCCUGCCCAGCACAUCCCACAAAUGCCCCCUCAAGCCAGCGGAAGUGAAGGAGACGUUUUCACUGUCCUGGUGAUCCCCAGCUCCUACAGACCCGCCUGUGUUACCACAAAGCUCUCAGACUACCUGUACAGGUGCACACAGGAAGACUGAACCCAAAACUCAGUGAGGGUAGAGAUAUAAAGUCCCCCUGAGAGUUCAACUAAAGCAGACAGAGGCUCCAACUUCUUAAACAAAAACAGCCAGGAUCAUCCGUCAAAUACAAACCUUUCUCACACGUUUGGACGCUGUGUUCGAUGUAAAUAGAAACA